CCAAAGUUUGCAGUCAUAAAUGGAAUUGCUCCCUCUGAAUUGCCAAUCCUGUUGCCGAGAGUUUACUCACAUAAUGUGGAAAGUGAUUUUAUUGAAAAAGAGUAUCACACCAAAGCGGAUAGUUUG